GCGCGCAGACGCAAAGAGUAGGGUCUGCUGGCGGACCCGCGGCCAGUCUGCAGCUGCGGGAGGCCAUGGGGCGCUUCGCCGCUGCGCUGAUGGGUUCGCUGUUCGGGCUGGGGCUGCUGCUAUGUGGUCUGGGCAGUCUGGCGAGCGCCGAGCCCCGGGCUCCGCCGGCCAGGAUCGCAAUAGUCGGUGCUGGAAUUGGUGGUACUUCCUCGGCCUAUUAUCUAAGGAAGAAAUUUGGGAAGGACGUGAAGAUUGACGUGUUUGAAAGAGAAGAGGUCGGGGGCCGUUUGGCCACUUUGAAGGUGCAAGGUCAUGACUACGAGGCAGGGGGUUCAGUCAUUCACCCUCUAAAUUUGCACAUGAAGCGAUUUGUCAAAGAGCUGGGUCUCUCCAGUGUUCCUGCUUCAGGUGGCCUGGUGGGAGUGUACAAUGGAAAGUCUCUGGUGUUUGAGGAGAGCAGCUGGUUUAUAAUCAACAUGAUUAAGCUGGUGUGGCGCUAUGGAUUUCAGUCCCUGAGAAUGCACAUGUGGGUAGAAGACUUGCUAGACAAGUUCAUGAGGAUCUACCGUUACCAGUCCCAUGACUAUGCCUUCAGCAGUGUAGAAAAGUUGUUGCACGCCAUCGGAGGGGAUGACUAUGUCAGACUGCUUAACCAAACUCUCCAUGAAAACCUGAAGAAAGCAGGCUUCUCUGAGACGUUUCUCAAUGAGAUGAUUGCUCCUGUCAUGAAGGUCAAUUUUGGCCAAAGCACAGACCUCAACGCCUUUGUGGGGGCGGUGUCAAUGACGGCCGCGGAUUCCAACCUUUGGGCAGUGGAAGGCGGUAAUAAAGUCGUUUGCUCAGGGCUCCUUCAGGCCUCCAGCAGCAAUCUUAUAUCUGGCUCGGUGAUGUCAAUAGAGGAGAAGACAAGGACCAAGCAGACAGGAAACCCUGCCAAGAUGUACGAAGUGGUGUAUAAAACGGGGUCUGAGACCCACUCUGACUUCUACGACAUUGUCCUCGUGGCUGCUCCAUUGAACCGGAAGAUGUCCAACAUCACUUUUCGAAAUUUUGAUCCUCCCAUCGAGGAAUUCAACGACCCCUAUCAACCCCUGGUGACGACGAUCAUCAAAGGAGAACUCAAUUCCACUCUCUUCAGCUCCAGACCCAAGGAUCAGUUUGGCCUCUCCGCGAUUCUUGUCACAGAUGACUCAGAUAUGUUCAUAAACAGCCUGUCCAUUGUGGGCUCUGUGAGACACAAGGAGGGCCCCCCACCGGCGGUGGACGGCAUGCAUGUGUGGAAGACCUUCUCCAGGGACAUCCUCACCAAAGAACAAAUCUCGAAGCUCUUCCUGUCCUAUGACUAUGCCGUGCGGAAGCAGUGGCUGUCCUAUCCUUACUAUGAGCCUCCUCAGAAGUGCCCCUCCAUCAUCCUCCACGACAGGCUCUAUUACCUCAACGGCAUCGAGUUUGCCGCCAGCUGCAUGGAGAUGAGCGCCAUCGCCGGCUACAACGCCGCCCUCCUUGCCUACCACCGCUGGCAUGGCAACGAGGACAUGAUAGAUCAGGACGACCUGUAUGAAAAGCUCAAGACGGAGCUGUAACUGAGCACCGCCCCUCCCAGGGGCAGCCUGCUCUCCAAGGACUGAGGCGGCAGAGGAUUUUGGAUCUUUCCCAGUACUCUUCAUGUGGGUCAUGAGAAAACACAACGUUCCUGUUCCUCGGAGAACUUGUUCUUCAGUCAGAAUGUCUUCACUCUUUCGUUUUGGGGGAGGCGCAGGAGGAUUGAACCGAAGGCCGGGAGCCCGCUGGACAAGCGCGCUACUAAGCUACAGCCCUCGCCUUCUUUUGUGGUUUUUCUUUUGAGACUGGGUCUAAUUAAGUUGUCCAGGUGGAAUCCUCCUGCCUCAGCCUCCAGAGGGCCUGGGAUUACAGGCCUUCCACAUUAGGCCUGGCUGUUAGCUGUUGGGAGAAACAUUGGAGUGCUUCCCAGGUUUGUCUGGUUUUAAACCGCCUGGAACUUGAUACACACCUGGGUUGUGGUCGGUGGGUCACCUGGGUGGGGCCUCGGUUUGUUUAGAUUGUUAUCUUUUUCUUUCUCUCUUUCUUCUUUUGGGGAUGUUACACGGAACUCAUGUAGCCCAGGCUGGUCUUUAAAUCACACCAAUCCUCCUGUCUCAGCUUCCUCUGUGCUGGGAUGGGCGUUUCCCAGUUCCUGGCAGUUUACACUCUUUAUGAAAAUGUUCUCAAGCCCUAAGUCUUGACUUAAGGAUGUGACUUGAUUGCUUCUGUCUUGGCUUUAUCAGGGAUAGAUUCAGAGAUAGAAACAGAGAUUGGGAACCAAAUGUAUAAGCUAUUAAAUUGAGCAACUGGCAUUGUUAUAUGAGGCCCUCAUAUGAGGAGGUCUGUUUUUCUAUACUAUGGGUACAGAACCCAGGACCCUGAGUGUCCCAGACAAAUGCUCUACCACUGAUCGACAUUGCCAGCCUCAAGAGCUUCAGGAUCGACAGCCAGAGAAUGGAAUUUCCUAGGUAGAGGAUGGGGUCUUGGCUGUAUAGCUUUGUCAAGUUCAAGGCCCUUGCAUGCAGCCCAGAGUGAGCCUGUCCUGGGUGUCAGGGCUAGACCAUCUGUAGAGAGCUUCGAGUGCCUUAAACGUGCUAAGCAACAGAUCCUAACCACAGCAGACUGACCGGUGCCAGAGGUGCCUGGCUGCUCAGGGGUUACACAGCUGUGGUCUCCAUGGGAACGAGCACUAGCGCAGAGGCAGCCUGAGGGAGCCCAGAGCAGCUGGCUUUAGAACCGGGUCUUCAUAGCCACUUGAGUUCAGAGGGAAGCGGAUCAGAUGCUGGGCAUGCUCAGUGAGGGGCCCCUGCUGAAUUCAGUGGCCCUCAGUUGUAGCUGCACGUGGGAGUCAGGUUUUUCAUGUAGACAAGGUCAAGAAAUCAAAUGUUUAGUCCGUCUACUGCUCAGAGGUCUCCAGUGACUGUCAUAGCCACUAGUAUUAGGAGAAAAAAAAGUAAUUUUGCCUGCUUUGGUGGUACAUGUCUGUUAUCUGUACAUUUUGACAGAGCAAGAGGAUCAAGAGUUCAAGGCCAGCCUGGGCUAUGACAACACCCUAUCUCUAGUAAAAACCAACUCUCUUCACCAGAUUACUGCGUUGCUUCAAUAAAGUGAUCUUAAAAAAAAAACCCGAUUCUUAAAAAUUAUUUUUCCCUCCUCUAGCAGUGGGAAUUAAUAACGUGUGGAAAAAGCAGUCAUGAUAUAUUUGAUAUGGUGACAGAAAUUAAAUUCACAGUUUAAUUAAAAGGUUGGCUUAUUUCUAAUUUGUUCAGAUACAUUUUGAUUUUUUCCUGUUGUGGUGUUAAGGAAUGUGGUUUGUCAAAAAUACAACACUCUUACGGAUUUGUACGGUCGCUCCUCAUCUGAGGGGGUAUGUUUCAUGACCCCCAGAGGGCACCCAGCCCUGGGAAGCAGUGAGCCCUACAUGUUCUAUUUUCCACAUGUAUAGUAUACCUGUGAUAAAGUGUUAAUUUAUAAAUUUGGCACAGUAAGAGAUUAACAAUAAUAAUUAUAAAAUAGAAGAAUUGUAACAAUUGGAAGUCAAUUAAAACUUAAAACUUA